CUACUGAUCCUCCUAUAAAUAAUGACGAGUCCACUUUUUUCAUUCAACUACUAUCGAUGUAGUUGACAGAGUGUGACUGCUUUUUUCAGUACCACCUAUUCUUAGAAGAUUUAUUCUUAGAACUUGGAAAUCACGGAAGAUUUGCAUUUGUGUUUUGUGUGUUCUGAGAAGUUUUCCAGCGUAUCUACAGAUUAUUCUGGAAUAACCAUGGAAAAAUAGUAAAUAACACUGGAUUAAUCUUCUUCGAAAUGGUAGAGACGAGAGGUGUUUCAUCUAUCCAGCAUAUUCACACUGGAGAUCAUGAAUCUUCAAAAGCCCCUACCGCCAGAAGGUGGUUGGAAAAAAUCCGUCCAAUGGACCUGGCGAAGAAAAGAAUACCACUGCUUCAAUGGGCCCCACGUUACAAAGUAUCCUAUUUUUUGAAGGAUUGUUUGGCGGGUUUCACAGUCGCUUUGACAGAGAUACCGCAAGGUAUAGCCUACGCCAAAGUAGCAGGUUUAGACCCUGUGUAUGGACUAUACAGUGGAUUUAUGGGGUGCUUUAUGUAUUUUAUUUUCGGAAGUUGCAAGGAUUUGAAUAUAGGACCCACCUCUAUACUUUCUCUGAUGAUUCAGGCUCAUGUUUAUAACUUGGGGCCAGAUAUGGCAGUGUUAACUACGUUCACUACAGGUUGUAUCAUAUUCUUGCUAGGAUUAUUCAAUUUAGGUUUUGUUGUGGAGUUUUUCUCCUAUCCUGUGAUAGCCGGCUUCACAUCGGCGGGAGCCUUACAGAUAGCCUGUUCCCAACUUAACAGCCUGUUUGGUAUAGAAAAAAAGGCCAGCGCUUUCGUUGAAGCCUGGAAAGUGGUCUUUCAAAAUUUGAAUUUGAUCAAAUGGACUGAUACUACUCUUGGCGUUCUUAGCAUAAUUUUCCUCAUGAUUUUACGGGAGUUCAAAAGGUUCGGAUCUUUGAAAUAUAGACCUGAAUUGUCCACUGGUCGGAACAUCUUUUCUAUCACUGCCUUCAUGUUGUUUUUGUCAAGAAACGCCCUGAUAGUUAUCAUAGGAACAGUCUUGGCGUACAUUUUAAGGGACUCUGAUGGAAAACCACCUUUCGCCAUCACUGGGAAAAUCAGCGAAGGAGUUCCAUCUUUUGAACUACCACCAUUUUCCACCGUUGUGAAUGGUACACAUUACUCGUUUUCCGAUAUGACCUCCGAACUUGGCAGCACAAUUAUUUUUGCUCCCUUGGUAGCCAUUCUAGAGACUGUAGCUAUUGCUAAAGCCUUCGCUGGUGGUAAGACUCUGGAUGCAACGCAAGAGAUGUUUGCUGUUGGAGCAUGCAACAUCAUGGGUUCUUUCGUUAGAUCCAUGCCAGUGACAGGUUCUUUUACCAGAACUGCUGUAAACAACGCAUCUGGUGUCAUAACGACCUUUGGUGGUGUCAUAACUGGAAUUCUAGUAAUUUUCGCCCUAACCUUUCUCACUUCAACAUUCUACUACAUUCCUAAAGCAACACUGGCUUCUGUUGUAAUCUGUGCAAUGUUCUACCUCUUCGAUUUCGAAGCCUUCGUGGUUUUGUGGAGGACCAAAAAAUCUGAUCUGAUACCACUUCUGGUCACCUUUUUGGCUGGUCUGUUCUGGAGUUUGGAAAAUGGAAUCCUGAUCGGGAUCUCUUGCAAUCUACUGUUCGUACUGUACAGUAGCGCUCGCCCAAAGUUCUAUAUAGAGCAACAGACCUGUGGUGGAAGGUGUGUCUACAUAGUGUCCCCGAAAACUUACGUCCAGUUUCCAGCUGCGGAGUAUUUGAGGAAGACCGUUGCUGAGAAUUGCGCUAUUGAGGGAAUUGUCGUUGUUAUAAAUGGGAAAAAUAUCGGAAAUAUAGAUGCCACAGUUGCAAGGAGCUUUGCAAUAUUGAGGCAAGAGGUGUACAAAAGAAACCAGCGUCUGCUCUUCAUCGACUUGAAACCUAGCGUCAGAGAGACGCUGAUCAAGAUGGAUGAAUAUUUGGCAGAAAUAAUAGUUGAUAGCUCACUAGAAGAAGCGAUUAGAAAGGUCAACGAGAGUACAGAUUUUUCAUCGCUGUCAUCAGUAACAUGAAUGCUGAUGUGAUGAAUAGGAAAUUACAAAUUCUGCUCUUGGAACAGUGGAGGAGCUCAAAAUGUUGAAUUACGAUUGUUUCAAGAGACCUGUUUGUUCGAAGUGUUGUUUUAUCCAUUCGACGAAUAUUUCGAAUACGUUGUUAUUGUUAUCUUUUUCAAUAAAGAUUUUAAAUUGUGUUUUUUGAUAAA